AUGGCGACUGUCCGCAUUAAUGGACGCACAUCUUUUUUCUGUGUCUUUAUCAGAGCAGCUUUCGUUCCUGGGGUUUGCUCCGUCAUUGUUUGCGGCUCUCAGGGAACUUUCACCUUGAGUGCCGAGCCAAGGCCACCUUCAUCACUCCGAGGUCCUCGUGGGGAUUUCAUCUGCAGAGAAAAAUCCAUGAACUCCGAGCUUCAGGACCGGCUGAUCAAUCAGUCGAUAGAUCAGGUCCCCUAUAUAGGAUAA